AUGAAGAAAUAUGUGGUUGGUUCAAAUGGCGACGGAGACGACAAAGUUGUCGACAACUUGUACUGUCAAGAUAUUGAAGGCGCAAUUCCCCUUGGUUGGCCGCUGGUAGUAACGUCCACACCUCUUGAACCUAUUGACACGAAUUUGUCCACGUUGACGACGCAAACUGCGACCGAUUCCGCUUCACCGGUUGUAGAAAUCAUUUCGUCUAAGGAAACUUCAACUUCUGGCCAAAACCCUCCUAUUCCUUUUGCGGAAAUGGAGGCUACAGAUGCUAGUUCAGUCAAGGCUCGCUUGGCGGAUGUACAACUCCAACACAAAACACAUCCUAUAGAUCAUGUGGUUACCGCUGAAAGCCGGGACAAUCAGACUCCUUCGGCGACAGCAUUGAUCACUGGUUCAUCCAUUCCAGUCACUCCUUCUCAGUCUCAGCCAAACUCCAAUGAUUACUCCCUUGCUGCAACGGAACACAAUACAGCCACACCGCUCUUCGCAGAUCGUCCACUAAGCAGUACCGAACAAAUUGAUUGUUUACCGGGAACUUGCCCUAUAGAUCACAUGGAUAUCGAUGAAAGCCCUCCUUCGACAACGGCAUUGGUCCCGGGUUCAUCCAUUCCACUUACUUCUUCUCAGUCUCAGCCAAACCCCGUCGAAUUGCAACAACCCGCUUUAAUUGCACCGGCACACGUCCCACCACAAACCACACAGGACAUUACCGUCGUCGCUAAUCCUCUACCAUCGACAACCGAACGAGCCGAUUGUUCUUUAGUAGACCGGGGUUCCAACGAGGUCUAUACUUCCAAUACGGGCGCUAUGGUCGUGGAUGAGAAUGGCCAAGCCAAAAACAGAGGGAAUGCAUCUACAUUACUCUCUUCUAAUAUGGUUUCCUCCAUUGCAGUCCCUUGCACCGCCGAAACAGCACUUAUUGAGCUGCGGUCCCCUUGUGUGAAUGUCGAUCCCGGAAAAAUCAGUACCAGCGUUCGACCCAGUCCUUCGCAAAACUCUCAAGCAGAUAGCGAUUUAACCGAUCUGGAGGACUCAGACCAUCAUUCCCCUGUUUCGAACUCGAACAAUGCUACUUCAGUCACAAUGAAGAGAAAAUGCAACCUUCAAGAAAAUUCUGUCUCAACUGACGACUCCUCCGAAUCAGACGCCGACUCAGAUCAUGGUCCUUCCCGAUUGAAUCCCAAACACUCAAAGGCAGUCUCGCCGACAAAACGUAAAAGGCAUCCUCGUACAAAACGUCAGAGGAAAACAUCAUCAAAUAAACUGAUUUCACCAACCGACUCUACCUUCUUCUGCGAGUCAUCGUGUUCCUCUUCUUCGACAUUUCCUUCUCAACAAUCCUUCCAAAGAAAGUACGUCAGCGAAGAAGAUUCAUACAUCUAUUCUGGCACGAUCCUAGGUUGUCGAAUUGAUUUGGAUAUUGUCAUGGCAUCGGCCCCUGAAAAAACAUUGAAACUUGACAGCUUUAAGCCUAAAUGCGUCGGUACUGAGGAGUACGCUCUCUACAGAUCCACAUUGCACAAUCUUCACAAAUACAAGCCUGAAUUUCACACGAUGCUACGGCCCUUAAAAUCUUUGCAACUCAAAAUAUCGUUACAACAGGACGUUCGGUUGGAAAAGCAGCUUGGAACGAAGAUACUUUAA